AUUUAUACUUCAUACGCAUAUUUCUUACUUUAAUUUAUAAAAUUUAUACCGUGAAAUGUUGAUUCUUCUGCAAGCAUUGCAGUUUAAGUUGAGUCGUUGUGGAGAUACAACGAAAUCUUGUCGACGCACUAUCAAAAUUAAGCAGAGUUAAAUUUACAUCAACAUUAAUGAUACAGAAUAACGUCGAUUUAUACACAUAACAUACAUAUUUUCUGUAAACAAAGAUAAUUGAAAGCUUAAAAAAUGCCGCUAGAUACCGAAAGCACUGCACUCUUGAGCAAAGAACAACUCAAAUCUAACAGUUACAACAAUGGACACUAUCCGAAACACAAAUCGAAAUCGCAUUCGCAUUACAUCGACGUUCUGGAGAAACCGCUAUAUAACGAUUAUGCAUCCAUAUUAGCGAAGGAUGAAUACACUUUCCCUUGCAGCUUCUCCGCUAGCCUAAGUCUGGAAGAACUGCUGCCCUUUAUCGACGAUCCAUGGUGGCAAAAACUGCGGCGUACACUCUUCUGCACAUUCUGCUUGGUGUUUUGGUUGAUUUUAUUCACCGGCUGUACGCUUGCCUACAUGGAACGUAAUAAACAAUGUGUCAUCUCGAUCGCAAGUGCAACAACACCAACUAAUACGAGUACGAUGGCAGCUGCAACUCUGCAGAGGAUUUAAAGCUGAAAAACGAAGCCGACUGAAUACUAAAGAAAGAAGUAAAACGGAAGAUUUUAGUGUAAACUUCUAAUUUGGAACUGAGAUGCGAAGUUUUCUGCUUUAUGAUUAUUCAUGUUUAAUUUGAAAAGUGUUUGUCAUAACUUAUCAAAGUCGCAUACCUAUUUUUACACCUAAUUAACAGUGAAAUCAUUAUUAGGGUGUGGAAAGGUAGCUUUUCUGAAAGAUGAAGAGAAUAUUAUGGUUAACGUCAGCUCAAAUUUUGAAUUGCUUAGUUCAAACAUUUAAUACAUUACAAUUUUUGGUAUUAUAUAAACUUUGAAAGCACUUUUUAUAAAAAUAUCAAGUCAGAAAAUAUAUCAUAAUACAAUGUAUUGGAUUAUCG